UAUUAACCUCAAAUAUGUCAAAUCUCUAAGUACAACUAGUUAAGAAACCUGAUGCCAAAUAUCCUAGAGUGAAUGAUAUUUUUUAAGUAAAAACAGUAUCAAGUCCAAAUGGAAAUGAACUUAAAGAUGGUGAAGUCCUAUUAGAAAAUUUGUACUUUUCAAUAGAUGCAGCAAUGAGAGUAUGGAUUAGUGGGUAUUAAUAUAAUAUUGAAUGAAAUUAGUGCAAAGACUUAUGUAGAUCCAGUCCUUCCUGGAAAUACCAUGUUUGGUUAAGCUGUAUCAAAAGUUCUUGCUUCAAAAAGUGAAAAAUUCUAAAAAGGAGAUUAUGUGAUUGGUCUUGUUAAUUGGACACUAUAUUAAAUUAUUAGUGAUACUAAAUUACAUCUUGUUAAAAGAGGAGGAGAUAUUGAUGAUUUAACUGGAUACUCAUUAUUAGGUCCUCUAGGAAUUAGCGGAUUGACAGCAUAUAUAGGAUUAGAAGCUAUUGGAAAACCAAAAGAGGGAGAAACUGUAGUUGUAUCUGCAGCUGCUGGUGCUGUUGGAGAAAUAGCUGUCUAAUUGGCAAAAACUUAUUUUAAGUGUAAAGUAAUAGGAAUUGCUGGUGGACCAGAAAAAUGCGAUUAUGUGAAAAAAUAAUUAGGUGCUCAUGAUUGUAUUGAUUAUAAAAAUGAAAAUCUCAGUAAAAGAUUAAGAGAAUUAAUACCAAAUGGAAUCCAUGUUUAUUUUGAUAAUGUAGGUGGAGAAAUGCUUGAUGAAAUAUUGAUGCAUAUUACAGAUCAUACUAGAAUUGUUCUUUGUGGAGCCAUUGCUACCUAUAAUUAAACUGCAGGUAUAUUCAUUCUCAUUUAUAUCAUAGAACCAUAUAAAAUCAAGAAUUAUCCUAGAUUAAUUAUUAAAAGAGCAGUCAUGCAAGGUUUUCUUUAUUUUGAUCAUCCAGAAUUAUUCAAACCAGGACAAGCAACCAUUUCAUAAAUGCUCAAAUAAGGAUAAAUGAAAGUAUAUUAUAUCAUACAAUUUUUAGAUAAGAUAUGAUGUUUAAAAUGGACUAGAAUAAGCUCCAAAUGGAUUGGCUAAACUCUUAUUAGGAUAAAAUCAAGGAAAAGUUGUUGUCAAAGCUAAAUCAGAACAACCUAAACUUUGAUUAGUUGAGUAUAUUAUAACAAAUGUUCG